AGAUCGUUUAGUUCCUUCAAACUUUCACUUGAUAUUUUCCUUCCUUGCUCUCAUAAUAAAUACUUACAUCGUGAUCAAAGUAAUGAUUCAGUUUACUAUAAAAGGAGGCCAGCCUAUUUUAGGAGUUACAGAACAAGCAAAGGUAAUCCUAAAUUACACUACCAUGCUAGUGAACGUUCUCGUGACAAUGUUUACCCGGGAACGGUUCGUCGAAGUCUGGAGUAUGAUUCAAGACUUUGAUUACGACACGAAUGAGCUAGGGUUCCCGCAAAUGGAAAAUGGAAUCAAAUUGAGGGUGUGGGGAAUAUUGCUGCUAAAUGUAUUGAUUUGGUUCUCCGGUAUAGUUUUUAUAAUUGGAUUAAGGUUUAAACAUUUAAAUAAAAUUGUCAGCUUCUGCAGUCCUAAUGAAACUGGCUUUCAACGAAAGCCACAGAUAGAUUCAAAAGUGGUAGAAAAAUUCUAUGGUGAUCUUAUAACUGCUAGCAGAAAAUUAAAUUCUAUAUAUUCAUGGUCACUAUUGCUUUGGCUGUUCAACGUCUCUUCUCAUACAGUCAGUAAUACAUAUUUCAUCAUUACUGCUUUCAUGGAUCAUGAUUUCGAGAUGCUUAUUCAAUUGUGCUUGGCGGGUUGGUUUCUAGCUUACGUGACGCAACUUAUAGUGUUACAUGUUGCUUGUGAUUUUGCUUGCUCGCAGUUCUUUUUCAGGCCAACCGCAUGGGCUAUAUUUUAUUAAACUGGCGACGUUGGCAAACUUACCAUAAUAAAACGGAGUUUGAAUCGACAUUACACUUGAUGAAUCAC